AUGCGCAAAUCGCCAUCCAACGAAGAACUCGCGCGCAGCAUGAUGUCUCCAAGCCAAACUCCGUCGCUGGAGCUGGCCCAGAGAACGUUAGCCGCCCCGCCAACACCCCUCACGCCAUUGACUCCAUCCCUACAACUCGCUCAAGACGCCGUAGCCACUACUGCAUCGCCUCCAAUCCCGACAGCCAGUGCUCAUUCUGUAGGAAACGAGAACAGCAGCAACUCCAACGCCUCUCUGACGUCGCAGCAAAGUAAUCUUGAACGAGACGGCGAUGACCCUCUACGGCUUCUCGGCCUACGUUUGCGCUUCGUCCUGUUGAUGAUCCGCGCGCAGCUGGCGGCGGUUGGACAACGGUGGCAUAUGCCGCUAAAACAGCAAGCACGUCGCUUUCCUCGUCGUCGAAGAGGUGAAAAAGCUUGA